UCGCAUGCCGGUCAGGGCUCAUCCCCGCUCUCCUCUGAUCUCUGUCCGCUCGGACCGACAAUGAUAAGCACCGAGAGUGUUUUGGAGAGUGGAGUCCAGCCAUGCAUCCGGCUGGAGCCCCUGAUAAACACGCACUUGCCGGAGAAGGCGACACCGACCGUCUCGGUGGACGGCGGCUCCACGGUGACAGCCAACGGGGUGGUGCACGACAUCGAGGACCGGAUUCUGAGGAUCACCGGCUACUACGGCUACAACCCGGGAUACUCCAGUCAUAGAAAGGAGGAUGGAACGGAGUCUCAUGCAGAGACACCAGGCAGCGAGACCAGCGAAGAGAGCCAGUCUUACCAGACAUGUACCAACACCGUUCUGAAGGUGCUGGGUGGGCUGCUGCUGGUGCUGUGUGUCUCCUCCUCCUGGGUGGGUACCACUCAGGUGGUUAAGCUGACCUUCCAGUCGUUCUCCUGUCCCUUCUUCAUCUCCUGGUUCAGCAGCAACUGGAACAUCCUCUUCUUCCCCAUCUACUACUCUGGACUUGUGGUUACCACGCGGGAGAAGCAGACGCCCAUCCAGAAAUUCAGGGAGUGCAGCAAGCUCUUCGGGGAGGAUGGCAUGACUCUCAAGCUUUUCGUAAAGAGAACAGCACCCUUCUCAAUCCUUUGGACUCUGACCAACUACCUGUACCUCAUGGCCUUGAAGAAACUGACCGCCACUGAUGUCUCUGCCCUCUACUGCUGCCACAAGGCGUUCGUGUUUCUCCUGUCCUGGAUUGUUCUGAAGGACCGUUUCAUGGGUGUUCGGAUUGUGGCAGCCAUCAUGGCCAUCACAGGUAUCGUGAUGAUGGCUUAUGCUGACGGUUUUCACGGCGAUUCCUUUGUGGGCGUAGCAUUGGCUGUGGGGUCCGCCUCCACAUCGGCUCUCUACAAGGUGCUGUUCAAGAUGUUCUUGGGCAGUGCCAACAUUGGAGAAGUGGCUCACUUCCUGUCCACCAUGGGCUUCUUCAAUCUCAUCUUCAUCUCCUGUGUGCCCCUCAUCCUCUACUUUACCAAAGUAGAGCACUGGGGCUCACUGUCCUCACUGCCCUGGGGAUACCUGUGUGGACUGGCAGGACUGUGGCUGGUGUUCAACAUCUUGGUCCAUGUGGGCGUGGUGCUGACGUACCCCAUUCUCAUCUCCAUAGGGACACUACUCAGUGUUCCGGGCAAUGCAGCCGUAGACGUGCUGAAACACGAGGUGAUCUUCAGCGUGGUGCGCCUGGCAGCCACCUGCAUCAUCUGCCUGGGCUUCCUGCUGCUGCUGCUGCCAGAAGAGUGGGACUCUGUCACUCUGCGUUUCCUGGCCGCCAUCGCGGACAAGAAGUCAGAGGAGCACGCCGAGGAGCUGACGGAGUCCAGCGUCAACACUCGAAGCCGCAGUCGAGCAAACGGAACAGUCUCCAUUCCCUUGGCGUGACGCGGCUCUGCCGGCCUCUUAAGACCCAAGUCUGAAGCCCCAUCUGCUUAUGUUCCUCCAUUGCCCACCCAGGGGGUGUGGUGGCGUGUUCGGUCCACAUGGACUUUCUAUCAGGGAGACUCCGGAGAUGCACGUCUGUCUCCAGCACUUCACUACCGGAGGACGACAUUCAUGGAGUUUGCUAAUUGAAAGGGUGGAAAGUGUUACGUACUUUCUUAAAAUACUUGCCACGCUCAGUCCUGUUCCUCGCACGUACCCAAAGCAAGAGCUGACUGGCCUCCCCCGACCUGCUCUGUGGACUGUAUUCUGUGAAUAUAAAUAUUGGCAGGGCCAAUUUGGCUCAAUCUUACAUGUAUUUAUUAUAUUUAUUUUGAGCUGUAUCAAUAAGAGUAUUAUUUUAAUUCCUAUUGAUUAGUAUUAUAUUAAAGAAUGGC